AAGACUUACAAGCUUUUUAGACAGGGAGAUAGGAGAUGCAAUGACAGUAGUAAAGGCACCAUUCUUGGUCAUUUUCAUCGUAGCUUUGCUCCUUUUGUCUCCUCUCUUAUUCGGACAGUUAGAAGCAACAUCGAACAAACAACCAAAACAUCGUAAGCUCGGAGAGGGACAUACGAGGGAUGAAAAAAUUGUUGUCCAAAUAAAAGCAAGAGUGAAGAGAAGCAAGUCAAGAAGAGGACCACAAAAGAAGGAACCAUAUAAGAAGCCACCUUGCACUCCCCCAACUCAUCCAGUAAAAGGACAUCCUUAGGCUAUUGUUUCCUUUUCUUAGAAUGUUUGUAUACCACGUCACUAGCAUUGAACGCGUGGUACACCACGGGUCCAUAAAUUAAUAUAUUUAUUUUAUUAAUCAUUUUCGUAAUUGGUUUAUAUA